AUGGCGUUCCUCUCCCAGAAUCGCCAUAUUUUGGCGGCAUCGGCCUUAGUCCUCAACGCCCUCGUGUACGCUCAAGGCGUUGGCGAACCCGUUCCCGAUUAUAACCCAACCUUCACAACCGCACCCAUCAGCAUCUUUCCCACCACCACCGAGUCCCUCUUCUCUACCAGCACCGCCAGCGAUCCAGCAACCUACACGGCGCCAGUAUGUCCACAAGCCGAUAACACGCCGUACACCAAUGGAGCCGGACAAGACUACACCAUCCGCUGCCCAGCCAGCUGGUUCGCCAACCUGAGCAACACCACUGGCAUCGCCACCCUUGACGGCUGCUUGAUACUGUGUACGACUUAUGGCGACGAGUGUGGCGCUGCUGUGUACGAUGAAGCAGAGAGCAUCUGUUCGUUGGGAUCUGGAGAGGAAGAUGGAGGAGCGCUGUUGCUUGGGAACUUAGUUGUCGGUGUGAAGGUUGUCGUCGAGGCCUCUUCGACAACGUCGGCGACGAGUGUGAUUACGGAAUCUGCGCCGGUCUACGCUGUGCCUGCGACGACGACGACGACGACUUCGCUGUCUUCCAGCGCUGGCGCUCCUCCUGCCUACUCGGCUCCAUCGACGUCCAGCAGCGCAGUAGCACCGCCAGCAUAUAGUGAUCCUGCUCUUUCGACCUCCAGCAGCGCAGUAGCACCGCCAGCAUAUAGCGAUCCUGCUCUUUCGACCUCCAGCAGCGCAGCAGCACCACCAGCAUACAGCGAACCCGCUCCUGCUCCUCCAGCUUACAGCCCUCCUCCUGGCGCCUGUACUUUCGACACACCGACCGCAUCGCAGUCCACACUCACCGGCCUUGAAUACACUCUGUCCUGCGCUUCACGAUGCGCUGGCGGCGCCACGUACGACACAUCCACUGUUUCAAACGGCUACGUCGACUGCUUCGCUCUUUGCGACUAUGACUCUGGAUGCGGUGGCUUUACCUUCACCGGGCAGGACGAUCAGGGUGGCGCGGGAGCAGGGACUUGCGAAUUGAUGUCAGCUCCGAAUGAGCCCGCUGUACUUUAUCUCACGCCGGCGAGCAGAGGUACUGUGGGUGGUGUGAGAGGAGAGGCAGUAUUGGUCAGUGGAUCGUCGACGACAUCGGCGGCACAAGCUCCGCCAACGACGACAACAGCCAACGGUGCGCCGACGGUCAUCUUUACACCAGUGCAAUCGCCGUCAGAGUAUGAGACUGUGGUCGUCACGCCGAUCGAGUCGCCAACGGGAGGCGAGACAGUGGUUGUGUCUCCAGUGCCGGGAGCAUCGACGACAGCGACUGAAGAAUCCUCAGUGAUGGUUGUCGUGCCCUUUCCCGGAACAAGUCCGAGCAGCGGCCUGACCGGCACAGAGACCGGAUCAAGAUCGGUGAUACUCGAUUUGCCCACACCUGUCACGCCGAGUGCCUCGCCUUCGUCGGCAUCCGUGGUGAUUGUCACCCCGAUUCCUGCCAUCACAACGCAAAGCACCACGAAUGCAACGGCAGGACCGGUCUCGAUGAGUCUCAGCUCGUACUUCAACCCGACUGCGUCGACGACAGGAGCCGACAAGUCGAAGAAGGCCACCGCCGGUUCGAAGCGCAAGGCGGAGAAUGAUAGCACCAAGGGUCCUUCCAAGAAGCGGGGCAGCAAGAAGGUCGUGCGUGACGACGGCGGGGAGGAGCCGAUCGAGGUCGAGGACGAUGACGAGAGCAGCGAGGCGCAGGAGAGCGGAGGAGAGUACGACGAUGAGGAUGAUGAGUAG